AUGACUGAAAGACGAUGGCAAUCGCUUGCAAGACUGGCAUUGUCUCUAUGCUUUAUAGCGCUAACGAACGCCGCAAGCACGACUACAACAGAACUAGAGUGCAAUUCUACAGUGACAGAGCAAGAGGCUAUUGUACGGUGGUCGCUAUUAUCGGAGCUGACAUUUUCACGAGAUUCCCACGCAGCAGCAGCUUUCGCUGAUAAACUUUGGAUUGUUGGGGGUGUAUCGGCGUCUUACUACACCAAGCGGUUGGAUUACACGACCACGAGGUCGGAUGUGAUAUACUCAUCAGAUGGUGUUGAAUGGACAGAGGUUCUAGAGGAAGCUCCGUUUCGUCGACGCUACGGACAUUCGUUGAUCACCUUCACCGAUUUAAAGGAUAAAGUGGAACGUCUUACGUUGCUAGGAGGAUUUUCACCUGAGCCAGCGACCGAUAUCUGGGUGACCACCGAUGGAGCGUCGUGGAUGGAGGCAACUGCAACAGUACCUUGGUCGGGCAGAGGCUACCACUGCUCGGUUGUGUUCAACAGCAAGCUUUGGGUGCUUGGUGGUAGUCCGAUGAACAAUGAGGUUUGGUCCACGUCUUCAGUACUCGCAGGGCCUUGGAAACAACAAAGUAACGCACCAUGGUCACCAAGAGCCGCUCACGCAUGCGCAACCCACGAGGUCAUGGCUAACGCGACAGUAGGUGACUCAUCUCGAGAGGAAUUUCUCUUCCUGAUGGGCGGGUGGCGUGACAUCAGUCUGAGCGAUGUAUGGCGAAUGGAUUCCACUGGAAAGUGGAAGUUACUUGUCGAAUCUGCACCAUGGGACGCUCGAGCGUGGUUUUCUCUUGUAUCUUUUGACUCUAGAACGAAUGGUGAUGUCCAGCUUGGACCAAGGCUGUGGGUGCUCGGUGGAGGGAUCAUCGGUAACGGGAUCGAGAAAAUGUAUCCUUUCUCGGAUGUCUGGUACACACGCGAUGGCAUGAAAUGGGUAGCAGCAAGCUCGAAUUCUUCAGGUAUUUCGACUGCCGAAUGGAGUAUGGUAGCUCAAAGCAACACACAGGUAUGUAUGGGCAAGUGGGGACACUCCGUUGUACCGUUCCGCCGCACAGUCACUCGAGCAUACUAUUGUCACGAGUCGUGCACGAAUGAAGACGGAACGAUUAGUCUUGCCGACCAACUCAUUCCAGUAUGUAUCCCCAGCACAACUUUACCGGAGAUUCCGGCCCAGCACACGGUGCUUGUCAACAACUCCAUGCUCACGAAGACAAUCUACCCGGACGGAUGUGGUUUAUGCAAAACAGACCCAAACGCUCGCUACCAGAACAGCACAAGUGUACCGACAUUGAUUCUUAUAGCUGGAAAUGUGGGAGUCCAGAAAGUGAACGAUGUCUUUCAAAGCAGAGACGGGAUGUUGUGCGAACGCGAAGGCAAAAUCUGCUCCGGCGAAGGAGUGUGUGUGCAAGGUGGCAAUUGCAUGUGCAAUAGUGGGAAGACUGGAGCGUUCUGUCAAAGUGAGCUAGGAUACACUAUCAUCGACUCGACAAGUUGCUUCCCCGAAUCGGCUCCGGUUGUCGUUGCUGGUGGCAAGACCAAACGUUUGGGUGACGUAAAGAUCGGAGACUCUGUGCUAGCAAUCGAUGAGCAUGGAAAACUCGUGUACUCCACGGUGUACUACAUUCCACACGAAAGCGAUCUGUUGGGUGAGACGGAGUUCAUCAGUGUGAGCCUCGAAGGCAUGGAUGAUGAGCAGGUCUUUGUUGAAGUGCUCCAGCUCACCCCGAAGCACCUCGUCUACUACCUUCCAGAGAGCAAAACUUUCGAUAUUGACCCGGAUUCGCACGCGAUGAUAGCGAGCUUCGCACAGAAACCAGCGAGUGAGCUGCGGGUGAACGACCUGCUCUUGACGUUCCCAUCGCCCUCUCGAUCAUUUCUGCGUGAGAGCAACACCGAAACCGUAUCAACGGCGGUCAGAAACUGGAGCUGGUCCGAUGGCAAGACCGAGCGUCAAGAAGAGCUUCAAGCUGGACUCAGCUUGGUCAGAAUCACUGGAUUGACUCACGUCAAGCAUCGAGGGGCCAAGACGGUGUACACGAUGACGGGUAAUGUGUUUGUGGCGGGCGUGCUCUGUAGCAACUUCGGCGACUACUAUCCCAUACUGCCUGGUCAACAAUGGCGGGAUUUGGUAGCCUUCAAGCUGUUCGCGCCGCACCGCUUGGUGUUUAGGUUGCUCCCUUAUCCUACCACGGCCGAGCUCCUACGUGCGCUCAUGGACCGGCUGGUGCUGCCGGUCUUGACAUGGCUUCGCCCGCUGCUCCUCUCCAAGCAAAGCUCAGGAGUAACGUCACCGCAGUGUUAAUUCGGUACGGUGUAAUCGGGCCUAGAAUCGCCCCACCGAGCUUAGGCCUUUACCGAGAUCAAAGCUGAAGAUCGAGUUUUUUCCUGCAUAUUUUUCCUGUAAUUUCGCGGAUAGAAA